CCCGUCAGCCCUAACUGGCCGUUGCCGCUUCUAGAUGCCAUCGACAACAACACUCUGCCUCGACCUCACGUCCUUUACCAGGCCGUCCAAUGGCCAGUACUAUCAAAAUAGAGAGUCGACCUAUUCCGGCUUUCUACUGCUGCUAUCUGCUUCGCUCCAAGAACCGCAAGGCCUUUUACAUUGGCAGUACGCCUAAUCCGGCACGUCGCCUGGGCCAGCACAAUGGAUCUACCAAGGGCGGCGCAAAGCGAACCUCAAUGCAAGGGAAGCGGCCAUGGGAAAUGACUUGCAUCGUCACAGGAUUCCCCUCUAAUUCGGCCGCCCUGCAGUUCGAGUGGGCGUGGCAAAACACGCACGCGACUCGCCACAUCGAGCGAGAUGUACGCGACGCAAGACGAGACGAAUUGUACAAGGGCAAAAAGAAUGCGUCACCCGCAAAGAGACCCCGGCCACCAAUGUCGCUCGAGGCACGAUUGAAAAAUCUGCACCAUCUGUUGGGAGUUGGGAGUUUCAGCCGAUGGCCCCUACACAUUCGCUUCUUUGCCCCCGACGUCUUCGCGCAGUGGGAAAGACACAUUUCCAAGAUGAAGACAAAGCUGCCAACUUACAUUACGGUUAGACUAACACCAGCCGAGCUUCCAAAGCUCGCGUCAGAUGUACAAAAUGAAAUGCGCACACAUUUCAUACCCGACGUCAUACGAGCAAUUCCAGUUGCAUACGAAGACUGCAAGUCGUAUGUAGAAAAAUCAAGGAGCAUACUUGCAGACAGUCAAAAGAGAGCUUGCGCUGUUUGCAAGACGAACGCAAAUCCAGAAGAGUCUCUGGUGCUGAUCUGCCCUAUGGAGGCCUGCCGUUCCGUGUCACAUGUAGCCUGUCUAUCGCAAAAUUUCCUUGCAGAAGAAGGUAACAAAGACGCAUUCAUUCCGAUUGAAGGAACAUGCCCAAGCUGCCAUGCCCUUCUCAGAUGGUCUGACAUGAUGAAAGAAUUGAGCCUAAGGGUACAUGGCCAGGACGAGAUCAAAGCCAUGUUCAAGACAAAGCGGACAAAGAAAGCAGAGAGUAGCGCCGUAGAAGGGGUCGACGAAUUUCCUGACAUUGACGACCUGGAUGUUGAGUUGGGCGAAGAUCUAGAUGAGACGUGGGUCGAUAACGUGAAUGAGGAUGACGACAAGAUGCUAGCGUCAAAUAAUGGAUGAACACGUUUACCAUUCUUCGACUGUUCGUAGCGGCAACUGUCCUUUCGCAACUCGCUCGAUGCACCUAUCGGCCUGCUCUCUGACCUUUGCCGCCACCUCUUCGAGACUGGUACCCGCGUAGAUGCGCACAAAGUCCUCGCCCUCCUUCUUCUGCAUCAACGUCUCGAACAGCUCUCGCACGCGGUCCUGCAUGUCUUUCUUUUCGUACUUUUCCGUGCCAAAACCGCCUCGCUUCGCCGCAUCAUCGGCAGAAAUAUCGAGGAAAAGACACAGGUCUGGUCGUGGGAGUCCAACAUCAGGUUUCCGACACCACUCGAGGCUCAUGUUGGGGUUCUGCUUGGCGGCUGAAUACACGCAGCCGCUGUAGUAAUAGCGGUCAAUGAUGACCGUAGUACCAGCAGCAAGGUCUGCUCGAAUAGAUGGACUAAAAUUGUAAUUAGUGUCCCAAUGGCUCAUUCGGAAGAUGCUGGU